CGCCGCCGCCGCCGAUAUGGCGCGUACGGCCCCUGUGGAGCCACCGCUGCGGCCUUCUGCGCCCCCCUCGCCGGCCGUGGGCGAGCCCCGCACCUCUGUCGAGGCAGCGGUGGCCCCGCGGAGGGUGCUGUUCGCAGAUGAGGCCCUGGGGUUGCCGCUGGCGCAGCUGCGCCGCUACCGGCCGUGGGGCGGGCCUGGGGCGGGCAAGAUGGCGGCGUUGGCCGGGCAAGAUGGCGAUGGCGGAGGGGUUGACGAGGACGACGAUGGCGAGGAUGGGGAUGAAGGGGAGGAGGAAGAGGAGGCUUGUCCCGAGCCCUCGCCGCUGUGCCCCGUCCCCGCUGGCGGGGGUUUUUACUUGGUACCCACAUUUUCGCUGCCGCCUGCACCGGGCCGUCUGGAGCGCUUGGGGCGCGUCAUGGUGGAGCUGGAGGCGCUGCUGCCGCCUCCCGGAGCGGUCCCCGGGGUUGCCGGGGUGUGGGUGCCAGGGGGACGCCCACCUGUGCUGCGCGGGUUGGUGCGCGUGCUGAACCGCUCCUUCGAGAAGGCGGUGCACGUGCGGGCCUCACACGACAGCUGGGCUUCUUUCUGCGACCACCCAGCGCGCUACGUCCCGCGCAGCCUGCCGGGGGCAGGAGCGGGAGGACCAGGAACAGGAGAUCCCAUCCUGGAUUCGGGCCUUGGCCUGGUCUCCGGCCAGGCGUCCGCAUCCUCGCCCGACGACGGCGGCAGCACCGACCGUUUUGCCUUCCAGCUGCCUUUUGCUGAGGGUGCGGGUGAUGGGGCACGCCUGGACUUCGUGGUGCGCUAUGAGACGCCCGAGGGCACUUUCUGGGCCAACAACCACGGCCGUAACUACACAGUCCUGCUCCGGAUUGCACCCGCUCCCACACCCACUGAUGCUGAAGGGCUGCCCCAGCAGCAGCAGCUGCCGCAGCUGGAGCCACAGCCCGAGUCCCAGGGUACCGUGGAGGCUGAGGUCAGGCAGCUGAAGAGCUGCAUGAAGCCGGUGAGGCGCAGGCCUAACGAGGAAGAGCUGAGGAUGAAGAACAUGGAUGAUAAUACCCCUGCUGCGGCAGAGCAUCCUGAUGUCCAGGAGUCAGUGGGUCCCCUUGUGGCCCCCACCCCUCUCCGUCCAUGGCCACAGAUGACAAUUCAGGUUUCUGAAGUUACAGUGACUGGCAAAUCCCCAGAGGAAGGUGACAUCCCUGGAAGAAAUCUGCCUGUGGCUUUCAGAGAGGUUCCCCAGCCACCUGUCAUCAGGAUUCCUCCUUCCUUUCUCUGUGGCAUGGGUCGCUCCCCCAGGGACCAGGCCUCAGGGCCGGAUGCAAGUGAGGGGGCAGCUGGGCCUCUCCUCGAAUCUAGUCAGCAACAGGUGGAGGCUGUAUGGGAAGUAUCAAGUGAGAAUGGAGGGGGCCGAAAGGACCCCAUGGUAGGGGCUAUUAUGGACGAGCCCUCUGGGGGUUUGGAGGUCAUGAGUGGGUUGGAGGAGCUGCUUGGUGAGGACACCAUUGAUCAGGAGCUGGAGCAGCUCUAUUUGUCCCACUUGAGUCGCCUGCGGGCUGCUGUGGCUGCAGGUGGGGCAGGAAGUAGUGGGGAGGGCUCCACAGAUGGAGGGGUGUCCCCCAGCCAUCCCCUGGGCAUACUCACGGACCGCGACCUGAUCUUGAAGUGGCCUGGCCCUGAGCGGGCCCUGAACAGUGCCCUGGCGGAGGAGAUCACACUGCACUAUGCCCGGCUGGGGUGUGGGGUAGAGCUCAUCAAGGACACCGAGGACCCUGAUGAAGAGGGGGAGGGUGAAGAGGGGCUCUCUAUGAUACCCUCCAGUCCAGAAGGGGACACCCCCAAGGAAUCGCCUCCAGAAAUUCUCUCUGGGGCCCAUUCCAUGGUAGCCACUAUGGGAGGUGUAUGGCUUCCAUGGGCAGGGGGCUCCGGAUGUGACAAUCCUGUGGUUCUGGGUACAGAGGGUCAGUUCAUUGGGGCUCCAGAAGAGGGAAUAUGCAAGGACACUGACUCUUUGCACAUGAAUAGGGUGAUAUCUGGGGUGACAGGGUUCUCAGGAGGGACAGAAGCUGGGAUGGAGUUCACCACUGAGGGAGCAGACAGCUUGGUUCCUAUAUCUGGCAAGGAGCCAGGGGUUCCAGCCCUGCAGGGGCAAAAUCUCACUCUCCUUGGUAACUCGGAGGCUGAAAUCUGCCCUUUUAGCCUGGCCAGGCCCCAAGUAAACUCCCAGCAUAAAGAGGGUUCAAGCCGAAGACCUGAGUCCCCAAAGAGGUCUCCUACCCUAACAGUCCCUGCGGAAUGUGUGUGUACUUUGCCUCCCCAGCUCUGGGGGCCCUUGACCCAGACUCUGGGGGUCCUGGCUGGCCUGGUAGUGGUCCCUGUGGCUCUGAACAGUGGUAUGUCUCUCCUGGUGCUUGCUCUGUGCCUCUCUCUGGCCUGGUUCUCAUAGGAGCUGCUUGUGGGACCAUUAAUAACAAGCAUCCCCUCUUGGGUCUGGGGAGGGAUGGCCCCUGUACCACCCCAGAGGGUUCAGAUGGCACGUGUGGCCUGUACAGUGAGGGGGUCCUUUGCUUCUGAGAAUGCUCGAUUGGAGAAAAUCCUCCUUGUCCCUGAGCUCUCUAGUUAGCACAGGGCUCCUGUGGUGAUACUAAUGGAAUGGAACAGGGGAUGGGUGGAUAGUGAAAAUGACAACUUUCAGAAUGGAACUGGGCAUGUCCUCCCUUCUCCCUGCUCCCCCCCCCCCCGAGCCUGUAUUUAUUUUUGUAUAAUUCUCUGGAUGAGGGAGAGUGGUCAUGAGCUGGUCUUGGGGCACAAUUACCCAGAGAUAUAUUUAUUAACAGCCAACCUGUGCAACCUGCUGGAGCUUUAUUUUUAAUUUAAUUUAUAUAGAGUACCUAUU